AUGGAAGAGAAAGCGAUUCUGCUGUUCUGCGAAAUGCUCCAUACGGGAAUCAUCCCGAACGAGUACAGCUUCUGCGGCGUGAUUCAGGCCUGCUCGAAGUCAGAGCAUGAUUGGGUUGGAAGAGUGGUUCUCGGGUUCGUGAUAAAGAUGGGAUUUUUCUGGUGGGAUCCGUCGGUUGGAUGCGCUUUGAUAGAUAUGUUCGCGAGGAGGCAAGACCUGUCGUCCGCCCGCAAGGUUUUCGAUGGAAUGCGCGAGAGGAAUACUGUUGUGUGGACUCUCUUGAUAACGAGGUACGGGCAGCACGGGCGCGGAAGGGAUGCGAUCGGUCUGUUCCCGGAUAUGCUUCACGAUGGCUUCGAACCAGAUCGAUUUACCAUAAGCAGCGUCAUCUCCGCGUGCAGCGACUCGGAGUCGCUUGAAUUCGGGCGGCAGAUGCAUUCUCUGGCCAUCAGGUACGGACUGGCUUCCGACGCAUGUGUUGGCUGCAGCCUCAUCGACAUGUACGCGAAAUGCACGUCCGGGAGAUCAACGGAGGAUUCGAGGAAGGUCUUCGACCGGAUGUCCGAGCACAAUGUCAUGUCGUGGACGGCUGUCAUCUCAGGCUACGUGCAGAGCGGCGGGCACGACGAGGCAGCGAUCGAGCUCUUCUGCAAGAUGAUGGAGGGAAGGGUUCGGCCGAAUCAUUUCACCUAUUCCAGCAUCCUCAAGGCCUGUGCAAACCUCUCUGACCUGCAGCUGGGGAAGCAGAUACAUGCGCAGGUCACCAAAUCAAGCCUGGCGUAUGUCAACUUUGUAGGGAACUCUUUGGUCAGCAUGUACGCCCGUGCCGGUAGGAUGGAAGAAGCCCGGAGAGCUUUCAGCUUACUGUACGAGAAGAAUGUGGUCUCCUACAACGCAAUCGUCGAUGGAUAUGCCAAGAACUCAGACUGUGAAGAAGCCCUGGAGCUACUCUAUCAGAUAGAGAGCAUGGAUGUGGGAGCGAGUGCCUUCACGUUCGCGAGUCUCCUGAGCGCGGCGGCGAGCGUUGGGAUGAUGAGCAAAGGCCAGCAAUUGCACGCCCAGAUGCUUAAGGCAGGAUUCGGGUCAGAUGUGGGCGUGGGUAACUCGCUGGUAUCCAUGUACUCGAGGUGCGGCAGCAUCGACGACGCCUGCCGAGCUUUCGGCGAGAUGGGUGACCGCAACGUGAUCUCGUGGACCGCCAUGAUCACCGGUUUCGCCAAACACGGGGAUGCAGCUCGAGCCCUGGGAUUGUUCCACGACAUGGUGGCCACGGGGGCGAAGCCGAACGCGGUGACCUACGUCGCUGUUCUGUCUGCUUGUAGUCAUGCAGGUCUGAUCGAAGAAGGGUGGGAGCACUUCCGCGCCAUGCAAAGGGACCACGGCGUGGCUCCGACGAUGGAACACUAUGCCUGCAUGGUAGACCUGCUGGGGCGAUCGGGCCGAGUGGAAGAAGCUUUCGGCUUCGUGAAGUCAUUGCCGGCCGAAGCUGAUGCCUUGGUCUGGAAGACGUUGUUGGGUGCUUGCAGAGUUCAUGGAGACAUCGGACUGGGAGAAAUCGUUGCCAAGAACAUCUUGGAGUUGGCUCCGGAGGAUCCAGCAGCCUAUGUCUUGCUCUCGAACUUGUAUGCGGAGGCAGGCAGAUGGGAGGAUGUGGCCAUGAUAAGGCGUGGCAUGAAGGAGAGGAGGCUGAGCAAAGAAGCUGGACUGAGCUGGGUGGAGAUGGAGAACAGCAUCCACAAGUUUCAUGUAGGGGAUACCAGUCACCCACAGGCUUGGGAGAUCUACGCCAAGUUGGAUGAACUAGGAAGAGAUUAA